AUGACUCUCUUACAUAUUGUUCUCUUCAAAUUCCGCUCCAAUGUCAGCGAGGAGCACAAGAAUACAUUUGUCACGGAACUGAAGAAGUUAAAGCACCUUCCCUGUGUUAAAGCAGGACGUCUACUUGUCGGAGGUCCGAGCGUCACAGACCCUAUUGAACGCAGCAAGGGGUUCCAGAUCGCCCUAGUCAGCUAUCACGAAAACCGGGAGGCACUGGCAGAAUAUCAGGCGAGCGAUGAACAUCAUCGGGUAACCUCUACGUACAUGUUUCCUUACAAGGAUGACCUGGUCCGUUUUGAUUUCGAGGUGGAUGAAGAUGACGAAUAUAUGUGUCAAUUUCCGUUGAGUAGCCUACAAAUAUAA